CGUGUAAUAUAAAGUGAAAACACGUGUCGCGUACUGCUCGGAUAAUGUCAAUUUAGUACAGAGAAGUAGAAACUUACUACUGUGUAAGAUAUUAAAGCCAAUGUUAUUGUUAUAUUUGUGAUUUUGAUGUGUAACGUCUUUUUUUAUCUGAAUUUCAUCAAAAAUUAGUAUCGUCGAUAACAAGUUUGUGCAUUAUCAACCGAAACUUACAUUAGACAAAUAUAGACAAAUAAGAAAUAAAUAUUUCAAGACAAAUAUAUUUUUAAAAAUAAAAAAAAAAUGAAGAAGCCAACAGAAGCUAUUAUAGACAGUGUUAUUGUCAAACCAAAUAAAAUUCAACCCAUAAUUGUUCAUUUUCAAAAUGGUCAACUUAAAGACGAAGAAACAAAUAAAAUGAAAUGUCAAUUAUACAAUGAUGAGGAUAAACAGAAAGUAGUUCUGGUAAUGUCUAAUGGUCAAGUGGUUUAUAGAGGUCUUAGACCAGAUCUUGAAAAAGAACUAACUUAUACAAUGUUGGCAAUUCAUAAUAAAAAAACUGGAAAAGUUAGAUUAGUUCAAGCAGAACAUUGGGAUGUAGCUCCUGUGUUAGACCAACAUAUUAACAAUAAUGAUAAUGAAAAUUUAGAUAAACAUGCUGAGUUAAAUAAAAAGUUUGGAUCUAAAAAAAUAAAAAGACGAACAGAACAGUUUGAAAAGAUGAAAGUCAAAAUUGAAGAUAUUAAAGAAUCAUUGGAGAAAACUGUUCAAGAUAUUCCAAUUGCCACAGAAGAUUUAGAAAAGAGUGCAAAAGAUGAUUUGAUUGAUGGAACCAUUUUGCCACCUUGUAAUAAAGAUGCCAAGCAUGAGUCUGAAAUUUAUAAUAUUUAUGAUAUUGUUCCAAAGAAAAUUUUAAAAACUUUAUCUGUUGCGUCAGUCAAAAUUUCUGAAAGUGAUAUUGUAGACAAGCCAACAUUUUUCAAGAAAACUGUUGAAUAUAUUAAAACAGAUCCUAAAUCAGAAUUUAAAAUCGAAAUGUUGCUGUACAUUGAAGCGAUAGCUAAGUGGUUAAAUACACCUGUAAAAUUAGCAAAAUCUAAGAAUUUUAAUGCAUGUGAACAUUCUGACGAUGUACACUCUUAUGUUUUACAAAAUUACAGUAUGAAUAAUGGAAGACUCAAGCCUGAUUCUUUGCAACAUAAAGGGUUGUUACAUUGUAUGAUACUAGGACUAAUAAUAUGGGAUUACAAAUUAAAUAUGGAACUGUUUCAUACAAUGUUUAUUAGAACAAGUACUAAAAAAUUAUUUGAAUUUGCUAAAUGUAUUCCUGCUGCAUCCGUCACAGAUGAUAAGAAAUUUGUGGUUCUGCGAAUACGUAAAGAAAAAAAAUAGAAAUUAGUUAAAUUAAUGGCAUGAUUGAAUUUUGUACCCAUAAACUUUUAAUAAUAUUUUUUAUUC